AUGGAGGAUCCGAUCAAGACCCUCGGCUGUGACUGCCGGAGCAUGCGCCGCGUCUAUAAUAAGUCAAUGAUGGAUCGAAAUCCGGAUAUUGCUGGCAUCGGUCUCAUAAUGCUAUGCAGCAACGCACAGCUGGUCGAUGGUCUUAGUCGCCAGCCAGUUCGGCCAGGGAAAUUAUCAGUGAAAUACUCGGUAUCCAAGUUGACAAUUGCAGUACUAGCACUCGACCAAAUAUAUCCUGGACUAGGCUAG